CUUAAAUUGAUAAUUUGAUAAUGAAGCAAUCAUUGACUAAUUUCUCUGAAACAAUGUUGUAAGUGCAUGUGACUAUGACUCUAAAAUAUGUUGCAUUUUGCUGCCAUCUAGGGAGAGCUUCAGUAAAAUUACUACAGAGUAGCAAUAACUGUCCUGUUGCACUCUGUGUGGGCAGAUGAGGAAUUACAGGUGACCAAUUUCAUUAUGCGGGCUUUGAAAAACUGGCAGACGAUGAGUGCACCUGAUUGGUCCAACCUGACCCUUCACCUGGAGGGGUCCCUGACCAGUGCUUUGGGUCAUUACCUGGACAACUGGAGGCAUAACAUGACAGCUGCAGCCAACGCUUUGGACAAGACCCUGGCUGAGGAGAACUUCAGGAACGUCAUCUGGUAUCUGGCGGUGAUGAUUGGCAUGUUUGCCUUCAUUCUUGUGGCUAUACUGGUGAGCACAGUCAAAUCCAAGAGGAGAGAGCACUCUAAUGACCCCUACCACCAAUACAUCAAGGAGGACUGGACUGCCCAAAUACAACAGGGUGACAUCGUCAACAACUUUGCAGCUGCAUAAUGCAAGCAAAGACAUUUAAUUCACAGCAGAUCAUUAUUAUCAGCAGAAGCAGCAUCAGCAUAACUAUAAAAGAUUUGCACAAGUCAAUAUCUUUUUUUUUUUCAGUGAAUGCUUUUCACACUGGUCAAAUUUGUAACCAUAAUAAUAAAGUCUAAUCGAUAUUGUGUAUGUAACUUGUGGUUCAGCUGUUUAGACCUCGAUCUUUCACCCAUCAGCAUCAAUAAGGCAUUAGGGCAGAGGUUCCCAACCUUUUGCAAUGGCUCUGUCAGAUGAAAUCAAGUACCCAUACCCUAGUUUUAAAGAGAAUGUUAUUUGACACUGUUCAUUAUAUAAAAUUGAAUUUUGUUACAAUUAUAAAUGAAUACAAAUUAUAGUGACCCUGAAAUAAUGAAAUAAAAAAUGGCUGAAUUCCAUUCCACUGUCCUGACUUUUUGGGGCACCUUAAUAGAACAGAGCCAUCGUUAAUGGUAUUAGAAAAAACAACUGAUUUUCAUGCUACUGCAAGUCAACAUGCCUACUGUGAAAAAGGGCUAUUGACAAUAAA